CGUAUUCGUUGGCGGUCUUUCGUUUGCCGCGGUUCGGUCGUACUUCGGGCCAGAGGAAGUGACAUGACAAUAACCUGCUUGGAGAGGGAUGGUGUCGUUGCUGAUCUCCGUUUAGCGGAUUCCUUUUAUUUGAAAUAUGAAGUUCGGGGUGUCUUGGGUUCUGGAGCCAGUAGUACUGUGCGACGUUGCAUAGAAAAAGACUCUAAAGCCGAAUUCGCUGUUAAAAUUUUGGAUCUUAAUAGUGGUGUCGACACCUCAGAAGUUAUACGUUCAGAAUGUAUGCGAGAGGUGACAAUUCUUAGAAAAGUAGUCGACCACCCCAAUAUCAUAAGAAUUCAUGAUGUUUUCGAGGGGGAUGCAUACAUAUUUCUGGUCUCAGAAAUUUGUCAAGGUGGUGAACUUUUCGACUAUCUUACCCACAACGUCAUUAUUUCCGAAAAACGUACUCGUGCAAUCAUGCGGCAGCUGUUUGAUGCUGUUAAUUUUAUCCAUGACCGUCAAAUCGUCCAUCGAGAUCUCAAGCCGGAAAACAUUCUUCUUGAUGAAAAUCUUAACAUAAAAGUUACGGACUUCGGGUUGGCUGUAUUUGUUGACGAUGAAGAAGAGCUUAAAGAAACUCGUGGAACACCAGGUUACUUGGCGCCAGAGGUCCUGAUGUGUGGUUACUAUGAAGAUCAACCUCCUUAUGGUCAACCUGUAGACAUUUGGGCAUGUGGUGUGAUUAUGUAUACUCUGUUAGCAGGUUGUCCCCCUUUUUGGAAUCGUAAAGAACAUUUGAUGCUGCGCCAGAUUAUGGAAGGCCGUUUCUCUUUUCCUAGUCCAGAAUGGGAUGAUAUCAGUGAAUCUGCAAAGGAUCUAAUAUGUAAAAUUCUAGUUGUGGAUUCCAGCGUAAGGUUGACAGCUUUAGAUUCAUUGAAUCAUGCAUUCUUCCUACAACAACCUAUAGUUGGAAAGACAGCCUUCAAUGCUAGACAGAAAUUUAAGACUGGUAUGUUGGCUGUCAGUUUUAUAUUUUAUCUACGCCGUUUAAAAGUGGAUGCUGCCUAUUUAAAUAUCAAUCAGUUAUCUAUGGAUCCAUAUUCAAAUAAGAAAUUGCGUAAAAUUAUUGAUACACUUGCCUAUGAUGUUUAUAGUCAAUGGGUUAAGAAAGGUGAAGAACAAAAUCGUGCUGAAUUAUUUGAAAAUGUACCACGUCGUGAUAUGAUUGAUACACCAGAAGCAAUAUUUCACAAUAGUCCAAGACGUUCAGUGUUAGCCGGUGACUCCGUGAAUUAUACACCUUUCAAUUUUGAAGAUGAAGAUGAUGAUGAUAUCAGGAUACCGAUUAGAAUUGAUUAUUAAUAAACCCUUUAUUACAAUCUGUAGUCUAAAUUUAGCCCCCUCCCUACCUCCUCUCUCAAUAUAUAUAUA